UUAAAUAUGUAUAUAUUCACAGGAAAUUAUUGAAAGUAAAUCAGCUGAGGCGAUCACAUACUAUGGAAAUGAUGACAUCUCAGUCGAUCAUAAUAGUAGCAAUGCUAAGCGAAAGAAGUUAAGUUUACUUCAGUCCACAGAAAUGGACAUAACCAAAUAUGAAGACUGUGUCGGAGAUAAAAAAAAUGCAAGUGUGGAAAAGAAGAUUGAGCAUGGUGUCCAAGAAAUCACUCCAAGCUUUAGCAGUAAGCUUCCAGCAAUUACUUCUGAAAGAACGAUCGAAGCGGAAAGAGUUCGAUUUAACAAUAUAGCCAUGCCCAUGGAUAUUUCUAUACAUAUUGAUGACUCCUUUAAUUGUGCAGGAUUAUUAAAGAUCACCGCAUGCUCUAAUAGUCUAAAUAAUUCAAGCGUACCCGAAAGCAAUAAUGAUGAGGAUUUGUUUAAACACGAGCAAUCUAAAAAUAACUCAUUGGCAAAAAAAACAUAUAACCCAAAAAUAGUUCCUCUAAAGCACGCUACAUUGAAGUACGAUUAUCGUUGCCUAAAUGUUACUUCCUUUACGAAUGUAGGACUUAAUGUGGAUUUUAACAGUUCACAGUGCAAUUUAUCAUCCAGUAUGAGCUACAAUUCGCCUUUGUUUCCUCCAGUUAAGUGUAAGAAACUGAAUCUACGCCAAUUGAAUGCUGAAAUUGGAGAUGGAAAAAUUGUAGUGUUUCCUAACAAAAAUGUCGACAAUGUAGAGGUUGGAGCUUGCUUAGUCUCUAAUAAAAAUGUGGGAUUUAAGCCCAAUAAUAAUGAAAUACGGGAGGAAAAGAAUAUAUCAAACCUCGGGAAAAGUCAGAUUAAUAACUCAUCGGCUGAACUGAAACCAAGCGAAAUUUCUGAAUUUGAUGUUAGUAAACAUGAAAAUUCUUUUAUGCUGGCAGAUAGCGCUAGUUUUUUUGUAAAAGCAAAGGUGUUAGACAGCAUUAUGAAAAUCAAUGAUAAAUACAGGAGGGACACUAUUCAUUUCAACUCCGAAAUGCAUACGUUUUCCCCUACAGUGACGCAUGUAAAUCCAACCAUAAUAGAGUCAGAAGUUGAAUGUGUAACUAAAAACGUAAAUAACAUUACUUUAUUUAAUUCAAGCUUGACCUCUAAUCACAGUUCCAUGCAAACCGAUGAUUUGAGCCCAAUUGAACUUACACCAUGCCAACAGAACGUUGAUAAAUGUGACUCCGUUGGAAGAACAAUAUAUGAAAUUGUAGAUAUGAGUUUAAAUAACACAGAUAAGGAAAUAUCGGCGAUUAUUUCGCCAAAACGCAUUGAACCAGAAAUAUUUGUAAUAAACGACAAUAGUUCGUAUGGGAGGAAAACUAUAUAUUUUGAUCAAGAGAUAGACUCCCUGUCUGCGACUAAGAUUGAGUAUAGUCAUAAUACACAGGAAAAAGUAGAAAACAUGAUUCAUGAGUUAAAAUUCACACUACAUCGCAAACCCAUGAUUGUUUCCAAAAAAAUUUUACGGCGACAAAUAGGUGCAGAGAUAUUCAAUAGUAGCAGUGACUCGUUCAUAGUAAACUUACAAGAAGCAAAGGCAGCAUUAUCAAGUCACCGCAAACCUAUAAUUGAAGGCACUCCACAUCGUUCUUUUCUAGAGUUUGAAGAUUUAGAAAGAGAAUUUGAACAAGACCAAUUAGUUUGCGAGACAAAUGCUAAAGCAAGUGUACAACAACAUCCAAAACUAAAACUUUUCGAUGCAUGCCGAAAUGAGAUACGUUGUAAUGAAGCCAACCAUUCCUUGAUUCAAAAUGAAAUUAUACGCGGGAAAAGCCAAAAUCAAUUUAAAGAAAAGGAAAACGAGCCAGAUGAAAAACGGUUUGAAAACAUAGAAUCACAUCAAAAUAAUGAAACCGGAAACCUUGAUGAGUCGGGAUUGAAACCUAUAAUCAGCGCUGUUAUUGAAAAUACGUUGCUAUUGAGCCCAAUUUUCAAUUCAGUAACUAAUAAGAGGCCUACUGCGAAUUUAACACCAAGCUUACCAUCGCCCAAAAAAAGACACACACUUCUGUUCAAUGAUUGUGGGACAGACGAAUCUAAAAUACUUUCCGCUAACAUGACAUUAAGAAUUAGAAGCUGCAAUGAAGAUGCUGAAGUAAGGAACAUAUUGGGCGAAUCAAAAUGCCGGGACGCCCUUUUGGAAGACCGAAAAUUUUCG